AUGGAGGGAGGACUCAUAGGAUGGGUCAUGGAGCUGACGGCCUGGGUGGCCCCUUUCUUCAUCGUCAUGUCGCCAAUCCUCUCCUAUGCCGAUCAGAUUAUCUCCAUGUACCGAAACAAGACCAGCGCAGGCUUCUCUCUCGAUAUUCCUCUUAUUAUGCUUGUCGCAUCUUUCCUAAGAAUCUUUUACUGGCCUCAAGCCCAAUACGAUACGAGUCUUCUCCUACAGUCUCUACUGAUGGUUGUCGUCCAAGUGGCACUCCUUAAAGUUGCGCUCGACUUCCGGCCCCCUCCACCUUCCAAGGGCGGUGACGCCGGCCUGCCCUUUGCCGGUACCGACGAUAGCUUGAUGGGCUUCCAGCGCCCCUACAACUUUUGGCAAUGGCGAUCUCCUCGACGAUACUGGCAUGCUAUUAUGUAUUUUGCUGCUGCUCUCGUUGUUCUGGAGCUCCUCCUUUCUCAGAUGCCUGGACUUUACGCUGUGUAUGCAAACACUAUCGGAUGUAUUGGACUGGGUGUGGAAGCGACACUCCCUAUCCCUCAGAUCUUGAUCAACCUGCGAGCCAAGUCAUCCAAGGGUCUACGCUUGUCGGUCUUGGCUGCUUGGAUUGGUGGAGACACCAUGAAGCUGUUCUGGUUCUUCACGUCCAAGUCAGAGAUCCCCUGGUCUUUCAAGAUCUCGGGUAUGUUCCAGGCAUCGUGCGAUUUCUUCCUUGGCUUCCAGUACCUGUUGUACAAUAACCAGGAGGACCAGGCACAAAUCAAGGAGCAUCCCAUGGUGGAGUGGGAGGCUCCUAAGGCAACAACACGAAGCCACAGCCGAAGCCUUACCCCUACGCGACGACCUGCUCCCUUUGUUGGUUCUGAGGAGCUUAAAUAA